GUACAGCACACUAGUGACUUCCUCUUUAGAUAUUUGACAUUCACUGCAGCACAGCUGAACACUCACUCUUCACUGGUCCAGACCAGCAGGUUCACACUCCACACUGACCAGAUAGCAGAGAGAAGCAAACAUGUCUGUCGGCAUUUAUGAAGAUCCAGAUUCUUCCAAUAUUAAUAUAAGACCUAACAACAACACAGAAAAUAUAUAUAUGAAUGCAGUUCCGAAAAGGUCUGGGCAAAGAAUGAAGCACAGCGAGAUCCAGGAUCAUUCUGGGGGUCGUAAUCAUGGUCCCUACAAGCUGGUGUUUCUUGGACUGCUGUGUGUUCUCCUUUUGGCUGCCAUCAUCAUAGGGCUGUGCAUCAAAACUGAGGAGGCAGGACAGGUACAGCUUAGGUACAACAACCUGACUGAAGAGAUGGACCAGUUAGAGAUGGUUAAUAACAACUUGAAUAGAGAGAAUAAACAGUUACAGUCAAGAAACAAUGUGCUGAAAUGUCUGCUGGAAACCAACAUCAGUGCCAUGGUUGGUGAGCGAGAUGAACUACAGUUCAUUUUGCAAGUGCAAUCUGGUAAGGAGAGACUACAGUAUGCAGUGGAUGUGACUCUGGAUCCUGAGACAGCAUACUAUGGACUCGUUCUGUCUGCUGAUGGGAAACAAGUGAGAAGAGGAUCAUCUUUCCGCUCCAGGAGCUCAAAGCAGUUUAAGUACUUUGGUGUCCAGGGGAAAGAAGGGUUCUCCUCUGGUAGAUUUUACUAUGAAGUACAGGUCAACAGGAGCGCCGAUUGGUGGAAACUGGGAGUAGUUAGAGAGUCCGGUAACAGAACGACCCUUGAUAGUACACCUGAGAAUGGAUAUUGGAUACUACAGAACAUUAAUAACACAUACUAUGCAUAUCCCAAUUCCAUUUUGGAAUGGUUCUACCCGAAAGAGAAGCCAGAGAUUGUGGGGGCGUUUGUGGAUUAUGAGGGGGGGUUGGUCUCCUUUUAUGAUGCAGAAAGAUGGAGUCUAAUGUACUCAUACAGAGGUGUCUCAUUUAAGGAGAAAGUCUAUCCCUACUUCUUUAGUGGUUUAGAAUAUUAUUCACUGAUCAUCACCACCCCUGUCUGCAUCACCCCUUAGUUAAAUAAUACCAUAGUGAAGAAUCUCCCGUUCACUAUAUAUUUCCCGUGACACUAAAACAUACAAGACAGACAACACAGCAAAUUGAAAAUAAAUAAAUAAAAUAAUAAUAAUCAUGUUAAAAUUAGUCCAAUUUCCAUUUGUUUGUGUUUGUCUCUAAAAGUAUAAUGGAAAUGAUCAACAUCAUCAACACUGUGUCUCAUAUGGCGUAGGCUACUUCAGCACUUACAAUAGGACACAGGACGACCAUGUCAGUGUCGAAUAGAGGACUUCAAUAAAAUUACAUUUAAAUGUUGCGAUCAUCAUUUCUGUUUAGUGCACGGAGUUGGUGUUUGAUAUAAAUUUACUAAAAUGUAUUCAAAUGUACACACUGCACAAGAAAGUACACAGUGCACUGCAUUUAAGUGUAGUCUGCAUUUAAGUGAAAUCUGGGAAUACAGGAGGCGGAUGGUCAUGCUUCAUGGGUUGAGUUCCCAAAAAGUAACUAUCCAUAUUGAUCUCAGCAAUUGAGUCCGCUGGCAACUUGCUGCUUCGAUCCCGGGGGCUCCAAACCAUAGACAGUAAAAGAAAUGGACAAAUAGAUCCCAUAGACUUCGACGGAGACCAAUUAGAACCAAGUAUUUUCUGGUGAUGGCUGAGUGUACUGCGCAGCCUCAAACUGAGCUUGACAAUGUAGAUGUGACGUGGGCAACCUGUCUCUACCUAUCUCAUCUAUCUCUACUGUGCGACAGAAAAUCACGUGGUCAUGACAUCAUCAUUAGCCUAUUUUUUACAAAAAACAGCUGCUACGGGGCCAUAACGUGAGGUACAAGGUAAUGGAGCCUUUCAUACAUUGUUGUGUUUCUUUAGAAAUAAACAAUGGACAAAUAGAGUCUUUAAAUGCAUCAGACGUAAAGUUAUUCGUUGACAAAGUGUCAAAAUGAAUGGGGUUCAAUGGAAUGCUAGCAGUAGGUGAUGGCUUGUUAGCCUAUGGAAUCUCCCAUAGGGGGUACGCUUUCCAGAUGUUUGCUUACCCCCUUGCUCCUGUAGCGUGACUUUACAAUGUGAAGAUGUGAUAAUAAUUAAUAAUCAAACCCAUGAUUUACUAUUAAAUGAUUUUUAGUCAUAUAACUGCUUAAAUCCAGCUUGCUCUAAAACAAAUAAAAAUGUGCAAAUGCUGCAAGAUAAUGAUAGACAACCAGUGUGAAACAAGUUAGACUUAUAAUGUUUAAAACCUUAGAAGCUUAGAAUUGAAGUGUGU